GUCAGACAUGGAUUUAAGUGGUCGCUGCGACACCUCCGGCUUUUCCUUGCUUCGCCUCAAGCUACAAACAACUCUGUGCUAAUGAUUGUAGCUGUAUCCUACCGCACCAACUGUUUCCACCACCCAGGCCUCGCAGAAGAGACGCGAUACGCUCGGUAGAAGGGCUGCCGACCCUAGAUCGUUGAGGCUCGAGAUCCUUCAGUCGGAGGCAGCAUCUUUUAUCAGCGCUGUAUGCUCAUGCCUCGAGACCCCGAUAACUACUACCACUACACCGAGCACUAUUACCCAAGUGAAGGCUACUGUAAUUUUGAGCGUCACUCAGACGGAAACAAGCACUGUGACGCCCACCACAACAGCCAUAUCCACUGCCGUCGCAGCUGCCUCCACCUCCCUGACCACAACGACUACCACCAGUGGUGUUGCCGUUCCAACGUGCACCCCCGGAAUGGCUUUUUACCCUAUCAGCUGCGGGGACGGCACGACAUGUAAUGCACCGGCAUACGCUUGCGUCAUCGCUCCUGGGCAAUGCGAAGCACUGUGUAACGAGGGCUGUGUAGCCCGCGGCUACAAUGUCCUCACCGGUGCAUGCACCCUAUUUGCCUCCUGCUGUCCGGAUAGUUCGUAGGCGGUCGCCCGGGAACCACUUCAGGGAUGACGUUUGGACUGAAACAGAUAACGGAUACAAUAUCAUGAUGCAAGGGAAAGCAGGUUCCAAGGGCGAAGUUUGCACGUAUCACGCAGUGCAGGGCUUAGAGCUUUGAUCGCCGAGCAAGUUCAUCUAUCCCCAAAAGACCA